AAACCGAUUGCAAUAGUUUCCGACCCGCAUUCCAGUAUUCUCGGUGCGCUGCAAUAUGUGAGUCAGCAGGGAAAUCAUAUCGGUUUUUCUUCCCCGCCGGAAUUGUGGCUAGCGAAACACCACGACUGGCAAGCGUUCGGACGUGGAGAAUUGACUCCGUCAACUACUGGGACAAUUACGGGAUCGGUCGUAAACGCCGGAGCUACGGUCAACAGUGGGACUCCCGUCUCCGGGAUAGAUGAAGAUCAAUUCGGUACGGAUAUGCCGAUGGAUCGUCGUAAACGCUCCAGUUGGCACACGGUCUGGUCCAAUUCGCUGAGCAACCUAGGCCCGCUUGCUCAUUAUCAUAUGAAUCAACAAACACAACUGAUGAGUCAUGUUCCUUUCAAACUCUGUCUUUUUUUGCUUUCCUCGUGCUCAAGACGUCUUUCACUGCGUUGUACGACCAGCACUGGUAGCACGUCCAGCGAUAAUUCGAGUGGCUUUGGGAGUGCGACUCUCGGGAGCAGUUUCAGUACUGGUGAACACUCGUUUGAUUCCAGUAGACGCAGUAGCCGAAACACAUGUGCCUCGGAUGUGAGCGAGACCUACCGCAAUAAUGCGCCAUCAUUCAUGGGUAAUAGGACUGGGAUGGACGAGGUCUCGUUGAGCGGUUGGACUGGACUUCCCGGACAGGGUACUGCAUCAGGCCCACGUGCUCUACGCGGUUCAGGGGCUAGUUCGGCCCCAUGGCAUUCGACUUCGGGGUCCGGAUCUAGCCUGGAGAUUCGAACGAAUUUGGCUCAGAAUGCUGUUGGUCAGUUCCCUGUGUUGCCGUCCGAGUCACCGAGAUCCGCAAGGACCAACACGCCAGAUGCAUUUGGAGAGAAAUUGUCACCCUGUGAAACUGGAUCCGGUCGUCGACAUCACAUGACCUCACAUAUGGGCAAGGAAUCGGUGUUCUGGCCCAGCGAUCCAGGUCCAGUGGACAAAUCACGUUUUUCGGAUUGUCUGGAUGCACAGAGUAGCAAACUUGUCAGUCACAAGGGGAACAUGUUCAAACCUCGACAAAAUUUUGCCGUCUUUCAGAAAUUACCAGCCCAUAAACGAAACGCAUAUUUUAUCCAAAUGGACGAUGACAGUUGCACAGGGAAUGAGGAUACUCGUGCCUUCCUACUGGCCCAGCUGACCAACCAUAGAAUCUCUGAGGUACCCUGUUUGGCAUGCCAUCAACUCUUGGUUGUCUACGACCAUUUUCCCGUGGUCGAUGGAAUAUUCUUCAUCAGUCCAGUGUGUCAUCGAUCCACCCACAUGUACAGUCGUCAUACGGUCAAUGGUCUUCGUAUUACUUGGCACACGAAUGGUGUACCGAGCGCAUUUCAACAGCCAAAGCAGACUGGAGCCAAUGCUGAUCCGGAGGAGAUGUCUCAAGAGUUGAUACAGAAACUGCUGGGCAACGGAAUGACCAUUGUUCCUCCACCGGGUUGUUUAGGUCCUCGCCAGCAAGUGACAGGGAAUCAUGGGAGUCCCGAGGGAAACAUUUCAGGGCAGCUUCUCCAUCAGCAUUCACAUUUUCAGAAUCAUCAUAAUGCGGCAACUGGAAGACACGGGGCCGGUCGACAGGAACGAUAUUUGCAUGCCCUAUGUAUGGGUUGCAUGCAUCAUGGAAUCUCAGAGAACGAGGAUAAUCGAACAGCAGAUUCUGUCGGGGGAAGAUUUGGGGGUAUAUUCUGCCGAUCGUGCCUUAGUCCUUGGUCCGGCGCCGGUUUACUGGUCGGUGGAUUGUACACCUAUGAUGUGCUUGCCGCUUGGCCCUGCUGUCCCGAUCGACUCAAGUGUAACGCUUGCGGUCGUCAGCUGGUUGCCACAUCGACCACGAAUCAGGCUGAUUUGAACGGGCACGAACGGUUCUCCACUCCGGGUGUGCAUACGGAAAAAGAGAACGUCCUCGAACAAGAUGAAGAGCAGCGUGCUGAGGAUAUGUCCCUUUGGUGGAAUACACCCUUUCAACUUCAAGCGAAUCCGCCGUUACUUUCAGCGAAUCCGUUGUGA